AUGAUGGAGACCGGUGAAAAUGAAGUAAAGUUCGAAGAUCUGGACGAAAGUCAUAAGAAAUUAAUAAAUGAAGCUCGAAUAUUGUUGUUGGAUGCCGAAAAAGCACCAGCAAAUCAGUUGGUGCGUAAUGGUAGUGUCGAGUCUCUACGUACACUACUGGAUAGUUCUAAUAGCCUAAUUUUAUUUGAUCACCAGGUAACGAUUAACGAUGUAAGCAAAGAUUUGCUCACUGCAAAGAAAUUUCAACAACUGAUUGGAGAUCACAAAAACUAUGAACAAAAACAAGAACUGCGAACUACGAAAAUUGAUUUCAAAACUUUCUUCGGACGACGUGACCCACUGGAAAUGCUCGAAAAAUGCGUGGAAAGCAUGCCGCUAAACGUAAAUGUCAAUGUGACACACCUUCGGACAAUACGUCGAACUAGACGAGGGGCUCGCAUUGUGAAAGGAAUCAAGCCAUCUGGAAGGAGAAACGUAAUACCUGAAAUCGAAUAUGAAAAGUCAGAACAUUGUAAAUCGACUUCGGAACAGCAAUUAAUAAAACGUAGUCUCAUAUCUAAUGGAAGUUUGAAUUUGAACUAUAAUGAAACUCCAGAAAGGAACGAAAGUUCAAGAUAUAGCUCGAUCGAUCAGUCGUCAAGGGAUACUGGAUUGUUGAAUAAAAGUUACAUUAUUGAAAAGAACUUUGUGGCUGUUCAUCCGAUUAAAAUGAUCUGGACAAUGAAUGGUGAUGAUGAGAAGAACGAUUCAAUUGGUAUGAAAAGCUUGGAAGCAGCGAGGACAUUAAAUGGUAAAGAUGAACGUUUAAUGCAUUCCAGCGAAGUCAGCAUUACGCCCAAAACUUUGACCUUACCAGAAACUAAGAAGGUGGAUGGGGAAAAUUCAGCAUACUGCCAAAUUUGUGGUUUACACAGGCUUUGGCAUCACGUUAUGACAUUUGGGUCAAAAAUGUCACAGUUACGGGUAACCGUUGACCAGUUCGCUGCUGGUGGCGUCCCCAUCGCGAUUGAGCAAUGGACAAAGUUGUUCGAAUACCGUGCUGCUGCUGCGAAGAAUGGUGAAAGUUCCUCCGACAAUCUGUGCGAUGCGUGCGCAGCGUUUUUCGAAUUCGAUGAUCAUUUAAAACGGGAAGCUUCGUUACUUCAAGAAAUGGUGGAACGAAUUGAAAAAAAAAGCAUAAGAAAGAAAUGCACUGAGAAUUUAGUGCAAAUGGAAGCCAAGAAUUGGGACGAAGAUUUAGUAUAUCGAGUAUUUUUCAAAAAUAUUACAACAGUUACGGAAAAACGUCCUAGAAUCCAAAAGAAAGUUGAUACUAAUUCUCAUGUUGAUGUUUCAAGAAAGAAACUGGAGUUCGAGGAAUGUUCGAAAAAGUUCUUGUGGUUACCAGCGGUGAAGAUUUCUCAGCUUCUGCUUUGUAUGCGUUAUUGUGAAGGUCUCAGUACAGUUCUCGAAUUUCUAAAGAACAAUGAAAAGCUAGCGUCAUGUUUAACAACAGAAGAUUGGAAGUGGCUUGCCAUUGUAAAAGCAUACGAGUGUAACAGAUUUUCCAGCCUGAUGCCCAAAGAGGUUAUCACUGAUCUUUUGGCAGAGCUCAAAAUUUCGGCAGUCGAAGAUGCUGGAACAUUCUCGUCAACAUCAGUCCUCGAUGAUUCUGGUGCAGUCAGAGGCAUAAAAUCACCGAGUGGAAGCCUAACUAUCUCAGUUGAUGGCAACUGUACUUGUUGUACACUACCGCUGAAAAUGCGAGUGACACAUGAAGAUGGCUACAUCACAGUAUUUCGUUGUGGUCAUUCGUAUCACCAAAUUUGUCUUCAUGAGGCAAAUUUAUCGCGGUGUUUGCGAUGCGAACUGGAACGAAGGCGUUAUAGGCAAAAACAACAGGUGGACAGUAGGGCCGAUGCGACUAAUUCACGAAGUUCACGAUACUUACCAAUCAAAGCUAUGCAUACAGCACUCACUUCGCCCUCGAAUGUGAAAGUACCACAAAGGACGUAG